CAGCGUCCUUUCGUUUCUCAACCGUACAGUGUAGAGUCGUCACGCGUGCUCUGUGCUUGCAACUGUGAUCCACGAGUUUAGUCUCAUUUGCUACUGAUUCUAGAAGAUUCUGAAACAUGGAUUCUGACCCAGUUAAAGAUAGUACGGUGCUUCGGCAACUAGCCGUUGGAGUCAGUUCCGAAUUGGAGGAGAUAAUGAAAGAGACAGCUGAUAUUCAGGAACAAAUCAAAGAGACUCGAGCAUCACUUGACACUGUGAACAAGGAAAAUGCUCGUUUGAAGACUCUAAGCGAGUUUCGUGAUAAGGAAAUCAGUCUGCUUCAGGCUAAAAAUGAAAGUCUAGAGAGGCAAAUUACAGAGUAUACUGACGUAAUUCGCCCCCAACUACUAAAUGAAUUAAAGCAAGUUAAGGAAAAUGCCAAAGCCAAGGAAAAGAAGUAUCGAGACAUGAUUGAGAAAUAUGAGAAAAUAUGGGCGCAAUAUGAGGAAAAAUACAAUAAAUGGCCGAGAGUAGCAGAAAGAAAUGCCCUUGCCGAAAAAGUAAGACUUGCAAGAAUGGAACUGUCGAAGAAGAAAGAAGAGGCAAAAGAACUUCGUACACGUGCUGAACAAGUGUAUGAAGCUAAAGUCCAAAGGCUUGAAGCAUUAAAGCAAAAGUGUCUUCAAUGCUAUGCUGAAAAUCAGGAGGCCAUACAGAAGCGUCAGCAGCUUGAGCAAAAAGCUGAGGAAAUAAGAGCAAGGGUUGCCCUAAAAAGAGUUGCGCAUCAGCAGAGAUUAGAGGAGGAAAAGCAACAAAGAGAUGAAGAACUGCAGAAACAAAAUCAGGAAAAGGUCGAGUCAGAGUCAACCAGUGCCAACCCAGGAAUAUCUUCUACUUUUAAAUUGCGUAGCAUUAAUAUUCCUGUUUUGAAGUUGAACUUUGACACCCCAAUCACGGCCAGAGAGCUUAGUAGCUUCUCGCAAGGAUCUUCGAUCUUCAGGUCAUCACUUGCUUCAACUUCUCAAGGGGAAGGAUAUGGCCUUAAAUCAGCGAGCCAACCGAUGCUACCCACCUCUUCAACAGCAAGUCAGUUAAUUGAAACACCGACACUAACAUCUGCUGGAGAGAAUGCUCAGCCUACCAAAGCCAUUAUCAAUAGUGAUGCAAAGCAACAUAUUUCUAAGAAGGUCACGGAAUCUGGUGCAGGCAAUGUGAAUCUCAAAGAAUUAGUCUUACCUCAACAGAAGAUGAUUGAGAAACCAAAAUCUAUUAGAGAAGUGAACAAUGUUAUCUGCAGUAGCCCGUCAAGCAAGAGGGAAGCAAUUUUAAGCACUGACAACAUUGCAGCAAAGCUUAAAGAGACAAUGCGACCAAACUUAAAUGUCUCUGAGGACGUUAAUAAGACACUUGGUCCGACUUUGAUGACUCAAUCUUCAAGGGCUUUGGAAGUGGAUGUAGCUGCUUCAACCAGUGAAGUUGAUUUAUUUACUCAGGAAUACCGCAUCUCUCACCAAGAUACCAUCGAAGCCAUUGGGAUUGAGGAACCCGAACCCGUAAAAGUAGAUAAUGUUAAUAGCAUUCAUCAGGAUUCAAACAAAAAUAUGGACCAAGAAAAACCUUCUGAACUUGCUGAUUUUACUGGAAACUCAUCUGAUCUCAGUCGUUCUGGAGAAAAUGAUAAUGCACCUUUGGAAGAUGAUAAUGGUUUUGACUUCAAUGCCGAGUAUGGAGAUGAGAUGUACUCUCUCCAGAGUCCGCCUGCAUUUGAGCCUGUCAUGUCGCCUGUUCAUGCUGGCUUCGAGUCAUCUCCAUCAAAGGAUUCAGAAGAGGCCCAAAGCGAGAUCCAAGAUCCUGAGCAGCCUUCAGCAUUCAGUGCAUUCAGUUUCUUUUCCAACAAACCAGCUACCACUAACAUAUUUGGUGGGCAAUCAAGUUCAGAGCAAUCAGGAGGUGAAAACAAGAAGCAGAGCACUUCUAACUUUUCAUUCUUAUUUUAAAGCUAAAUUUUAAACUCUUUGACUACUGCUAUUUUCAGUGCUUGGGUACCAAUGAUUGUUUUUGUCUACCUGUAAAGGACCAAUAAAGAUAUUGCAGUCUUUCUAAU